AUGCCAGACUCUAUUAAGGUCUUGGGCCUGUCGAGUUUGGCACCCAUUGCCUUUUGUGGCCUCAUCGGAUUAGUCGCAUCGAUUCUGAUCAAUGCCUGCCGUCAGACGCUUUUCCACGCCAAGAGCGAACCGCCAGCUGUUUUUCAUUGGAUUCCUUACAUUGGCAAUGCUGUUUCCUAUGGCAUGGAUCCUGUAGGGUUCUUCGUCAAGUACCGUGCGAAGUACGGUGAUGUCUUCACUUUCACCCUUUUUGGCAGGAAAAUGACCUGCUAUCUGGGAAUCGAGGGCAACGACUUUAUUCUCAAUGGAAAGCUUCAGGACAUCAACGCCGAGGAGAUUUACGGACCCCUCACGAUUCCCGUUUUCGGAAAAGAUGUCAUUUACGACUGCCCUAAUUCCAAGCUCAUGGAACAGAAGAAGUUUGUCAAGUUUGGACUUACACAAAAGGCUCUGGAAUCUCAUGUUCCGUUGAUUGAGAAGGAAGUGGUGGAUUAUAUCAAGGUGAGCCCUGCAUGGAAGGGGUCAUCGGGUGUUGUUGAUAUCUCUGCCGCCAUGUCUGAGAUCACAUUAUUCACAGCAACGCGCUCGUUGCAGGGAGAAGAGGUCAGGCAAAAGCUGACGGCUGAGUUCGCGGGCUUGUACCAUGAUCUUGACAUGGGCUUCACCCCAGUCAAUUUCCUCUUUCCUUGGCUACCUCUACCCCGAAACCGACGUCGCGAUGCUGCCCACAACAAGAUGCGAGACGUAUACGAGGAUAUUAUCAUCCAACGUCGUAAGAAUGGUCUCGAGCCCGACGACGAGUACGACAUGCUCUGGAACCUCAUGAACUCGAAAUACAAGGAUGGAACACCGGUGCCAGAUAAAGAGGUUGCGUGCAUGAUGAUCACGCUCCUCAUGGGAGGUCAACACUCGUCAUCUUCAGCCAGUGCAUGGAUCAUGCAUCGUUUAGCCGCACAUCCCGACGUUGCAGAAGAGCUUUAUCAAGAGCAGAUACUGAAUCUUGGCCAUGGAGACAAAAGUCGACUCUCGCCAAUGCAAUAUUCCGAUCUAGACAAGCUGCCGCUUCUACACAAUGUCGUGAAGGAGACGCUUCGCCUACAUGGUUCCAUCCACUCUAUUCUCCGCAAGGUUAUGAACCCUCUGGCCAUUCCCGGAAGUCCUUAUGUGGUCGGCACUGACAAAGUGCUGCUGGCCUCGCCAAUGGUGACUGCCAUAAGCGACGAAUACUUCCCGGACGCAAAGUCCUGGAAUCCUCACCGGUGGGAUGAGCUACAGCCUAGCGAGAGUAUCAUUGAUGCCAAUAAUGUUGUAGACUACGGCUAUGGCGCAGUUUCCAAGGGUACUAGGAGUCCUUACAUCCCGUUCGGGGCGGGGCGACACCGCUGCAUUGGCGAGAAAUUUGCAUACUUGAAUCUAGGUGUUAUUGUCGGCACUAUCGUGCGCAACUUCAAACUGGGCACCAUAGAUGGAAGAACAGGCAUCGUGCCGCCGACGGAUCACACGUCCAUGUUUGCGCGUCCAGUUCAACCUGGGCUCAUCCGUUGGACCCGUCGAGAGUAG